AUGGCAGUGGGGGAGGGGUUGGAAGAGGCAGAGAAGCGGUUGGGGAGGGUAAGAGAGGGUCAGAAGGCAGUGGGGGAGCGGGUGGAAGGGGGAGAGGAGCAGGUGGGGAGGGUAAGAGAGGACGCAGUCGUGGUAGAGGGGGUGGGGGGCGCGGGAAUAAGAGUAACUCCAUUCCGCCUGCUAGCCACGUCACCGGUCAUGCAGCGGGACGCAUCGCCUGUAGUGCAGAGCGAGGCAGGGCAGAGGGAGCAGAGGGAGCAGGGUUCGAGGCUUGUGGGAGCACAGGGGAUGCUGGGGUUGCAGGGUGCAAGGGGUGAAGGUACGCACGAGAUGCAGGGCGUGCAGGGGCUGCAAGGCUUGCAGGAUGCACGGUUUGUAGGGGCGCAGGGCGAGAAUGGGAUGGGAGCGGUUGUUGCGGAGGAUGGGAGGGCCACGGGCGGAAGAGGCAGGGGUGGAAGGAGAAGCGCGCAGGGGGGAGUGGGAAGGGGGAGGAGAGGAGGGAGACGGGGAGGGGUGGUGGAAGGGACGAGUGGAGGAGUUGGUGGAGCUGAACCUGCUAACACAGCCAGUGGGGUGGGCAGUGCAGUAGGCAGUGCGGUGAUAUUGGGUGGCAGGGUUGGGAGUGGGGUGGUGAUGGGUGGUAGGGUGGGGAGUGGAGUGGGCGGUGGUAUGGAUGGUGGCAUAAGCAGUGGGGUGGGUGGUGUCAUGGGUGGUGGGGUGGGCAGUGACAGUGGCGUGAUGCGUAUGGAUGGAAAGGGGCAAGGGGAACCAAGGGAAGGCGAUCAAGAGCAGAGGGGAAAGAAGAGGAAAGGUGUGGAGUGUGGAGGCGGGAGUGGGGUCACGGGGGAGAAGGGUGAGGAGAAGGGUGAGGAGAAGGGCGAGGAGAAGGGUGAGGAGAAGGGUGAGGAGAAGGGCGAGGAGAAGGGUGAGGAGAAGGGUGAGGAGAAGGGCGAGGAGAAGGGUGAGGAGAAGGGUGAGGAGAAGGGCGAGGAGAAGGGUGAGGAGAAGGGUGAGGAGAAGGGCGAGGAGAAGGGUGAGGAGAAGGGUGAGGAGAAGGGAGAAGUGAUGGGCGUUGGCCACAGUUCCUCCCACAAGCUCUCCUCACUCCCCCCUCCUCCCCUGGCUCUCCAACAAACUCCCCUCACCCCCCCCUCCCCCCCACCCUCCCUUUCCCCCCACUCCCCACAGCCUCAACAUUGCAACCGUCUCCCCAUUUCAUGA